UCGGGAUGGAACUGAAGAUGAGUUAAUUUUUGAUUUUAAUUUUUUUGAAAAACCAAAUCAAUUAGAUGAUGAAAUAAAACUUAAUGCUCUGAUGUUAUUGAUACAAUUGCCAUAUGUCAUCACACUCCCGCCUGCUUACUAG